CUUUUCCAUGGACUAUACAAAUGGCAAAACUAUGCUAUCCUUUUAUUUUUGAUCGACCAAAUUCCCGGCUGAAAGCUUACCAAAUAAAUUUUGCCAUUUGCCCACAUCAUCCCUCAACUUUACAUACAAUUUCAAAUCUUAAAUACAAAUUUUCUUCAAUCCCGUAAUCUUAAUCAUUCCAAUUGUUCAUCAAUUUGAGGUAAUUUCCCCCAAACUUUUCAUCAAUUUGAGAUGGUGUCUUCUUCACAAACAAUUUACAAUCAAGCCGACUGUGAAGAUGAGGAAGAAAUCUCUUUGAAAAAGAGGAAUGGCAAAAGGCUAUGGAAGAAAGUCAAAUAUCAGCUAAUAGAGUAUCAUUCCUUGCCUCCAUACCUUAGAGACAAUGAGUACAUCUUGAGUCAUUAUCGGUGUGAAUGGCCAUUGAAACAGUUGUUAUUGAGCAUCUUCACCAUCCAUAACGAAACUCUUAAUGUUUGGACGCAUUUGAUUGGCUUCUUUCUUUUCCUAUCUCUGGCCAUAUACACAGCAACUACAGUUCCAGAUGUUAUGGAAUACUACCCUCUGCAACAUUUGGCUGAGAUGCUCAAGAAAGCUGGCUUACACGAUGUUCACUCAACGCUUGUGAGUUGCCUUCCGUCCUUAUCUAACAUUCCUGAUUUCAGUACGCUAAGGAGUGAAUUGAAGGCAUCACUUCCUUAUAUCAAUUCGCUGUCAUCAGUUUCUGGGUGGCAUAUUAUGGAACAUUUGUCAAACUGUUUACCUGAGCGUUUCUCCCAUUUAAACCAGACUGAUGAUCAUUUCUUGUGGAGCGUGAAGGAUAAUUUGCUAAACACAAUUGCACCUUUGGCAGUUGACCCAAUCACAAGAUGGCCCUUCUAUGCCUUCUUGGGUGGGGCGAUGUUCUGUUUGCUGGCCAGCAGCGCUUGCCAUCUACUCUGCUGCCACUCAGAAAGGCUUUCUUAUAUUAUGCUGAGGUUUGACUAUGCAGGCAUUGCAGCUCUGAUUACAACCUCAUUCUACCCUCCGGUUUACUACUCCUUCAUGUGCAACCUGUUUUUCUGCAACCUGUACUUAUCCUUGAUAACAAUAUUGGGAAUUGCAACAAUUGUUUUCUCUCUGUCCCCCGUUUUCCAGAAUCCAGAAUACAGGAGUAUCCGUGCUUCCUUGUUUUUUGGUAUGGGCAUCUCUGGUGUUGCUCCAAUAUUUCAUAAGCUGAUAUUGUAUAGGCACCAGCCUGAAGCAUUGCAGACGACCGGUUAUGAGAUUCUGAUGGGAGCAUUUUAUGGUAUUGGAGCAUUGAUUUAUGCAAAAAGGAUACCCGAGCGAUGGUGGCCGGGGAAGUUUGAUAUUGCAGGUCAUAGUCAUUCAAUCUUUCAUAUUCUGGUGGUUGCUGGAGCUUACACACACUAUCAUACUGGACUCUUGUACCUCAAGUGGCGAGAUGUUCAUGGUUGUUGAAACAUUAAUUUAAUAUAAAUCAGGGUUUGAUUAUUAUCUGAUAAACUUACCAUAAACUGAAUUAACUAUAUACGUAGUACGUGAGAUAGAUGAACAUUCAUAUGGUUCUAUACUUUGUUAACCUUGGAUCUAUGAAAUUGGUACCUCUGUUAUCUCUUA